AUGUAUGGAGAUGGGCAAUCUACAAGUCGAAUGUUGACAAUGAACAACCAUCUCAUUCACAAUUAUAUUGGGACUCCCAUUACAGGAUGUCAGCUUGUGCGAACCGAGGGGGAAGGUGAAAGCAACCCAGCAGAAGAUUCUACUUCCAUUACCAAGCUGGUUGGAAGGCAAACCAUUGUGAAGAAGAGGAAAGCCACCGCCGAGGGGCUUGGAUCUGGAAGAAAUGAUGUCGAUGUGGCGGUCGGUCUGGCUAAGGCUACAAUCCUUCCACCGCAUAGUGCAAUUGAAAAAUUAUCUGGUCAGAACGAUGAGGUAGCUAAGAAGAUGAAGGCAUCCAAACAAUCUGAGAAGGCGGUUCGUGAUGCUUUGGUGAAGGAGCUCAAUUCUUUCCUCCAA